AAAAAAAGUGUUGACGUUUUAAAAGUGGAAAACUCAAAAGUUUAAUUUUUUAUUUUUAUUAAUUUUUUCGGUUCCUAAUUCUGGCGAAAAAUAGUGACAUGUUACACUUGCGUCUUCAAAUCUGAAUAAUUUCCCUACAAAAUCUAAAAAUGCUUGUUAAAACUAUCGUUUUUUUAUUCUUAUUCUGCAAAUAUGCGAAAUCUGACUCUGGUAUCAAUUCAAAUAAUGCAAAUCUUUUCCAACAUUUAGAGCAGGGGUCUAAAAUCAAUCUCACUAAUAUCGAUAAUUCAUCGUGGACUAAAGCCACAGAUACUAUUACUAAGAGUGGACAAGAGUUGCCAGCUGCUAAAUCCUCCAAAACCGAAAAUGAAGAUUUUUUGGAAAAUCCAAGGUAUUACGACAACGACGAAUUGACCAACGUUCUCAAGAAAUUGGAAACAGAACAUCCAGAAAUCGUCGGUUUAUCAACUGUUGGCCAAUCGGUGAGAGGGAGAGAAUUGUGGGCCUUGCACAUCAAUUCAAAUCCGAACAAUAGAAGCGUACUCACUCCAAUGUUUAAAUAUGUGGCUAACAUGCACGGAGACGAAACUCUGGGAAGACAGUUGAUGAUAUAUUUGGCUCAAUAUUUGGUAUUGAAUUAUGGCAAGAAUGAAAGAGUUACUUGGUUGGUUGAUAAUACAGAUAUCCAUAUUCUGCCAAGUAUGAAUCCGGAUGGGUAUGCAAGUUCACAGGAAGGACAUUGUAAGUCCGAUGAAAGAGGCCGAGAAAAUGAAAGGGGAGUUGAUUUGAAUAGAGACUUUCCGGACAAAUUUGAUGAUUUAACUGGCACUGGUAAAAGCCUAAUUGCUGGAAGACAACCUGAAACUGUAGCUCUAAUGACGUGGAUCAUUUCAAAACCAUUCGUAUUGUCUGGAAAUCUUCAUGGUGGCGCUGUUGUGGCAAGCUAUCCAUUUGACAACUCUGAUACUGACAAUGAAUCUGGCGUAGAUAGCAAAUCCCCCGAUGACACGGUGUUCAAAGAACUGGCUUUAUUAUACGCUCAAAAAAAUCCCCUAAUGAGAACAGGAAAUGGAUGUAAUGGAGAUUAUUUUCCAAACGGUAUCACUAACGGAGCACACUGGUACGAACUCGCUGGUGGUAUGCAAGAUUUUAAUUAUCUGAAUUCAAAUUGCUUCGAAGUCACUUUUGAACUGAGCUGUUGCAAGUUUCCCGACGCCAGCACUUUAACUAAAGAAUGGUAUAACAACAAGGAGUCGAUGCUUAGCUAUAUGGAAGCUACACAUUGGGGGGCAAAAGGCAUGGUUACGAAUCCUUCAGGCGAACCAGUUUUGGAUGCCGAUAUUGUGGUCGAAGGUAUUGAGUAUAAUGUUACCACAUCAAAUAGAGGCGAGUAUUGGAGAUUAUUAGUACCUGGCACAUAUAAAAUGUAUGCUGUUGCAAAUGGUUACGUCACAUCUUCGCCAGUAUCUGUGGAUGUGAGUAAAGGCAAGACAACCAUCCAGAAUUUCAAGCUCAACAUGGCUCAACAAGAGCGAGGCCCCUAUUUGGAAGUCAUCGACAAAAACACUCCAACUUACGACAAAUACGGAUUCAUGGUCCACGAUUCCAAACUAUUCAAACACCAUCACUACAACGAAAUGGUCAAAUACCUCAAGUUCUUUAACAAAACUUACCCCAACAUUACACAUCUCUAUUCUAUAGGCAAAUCGGUUGAAGGACGUGACUUAUACGUUUUUGUUUUGAGUAAUACUCCUAAAAAACAUGAACCAGGUAAACCUGAAUUCAAGUAUGUAGCCAACAUGCAUGGCAACGAAGUAGUAGGACGAGAAUUGCUUCUUUAUUUAAUCAAAUACAUGUGCGAACGUUAUGGCACUGAUGAAAGGAUUACCAAACUAAUGAAUACUACUAGAAUUCACUUGAUGCCUACAAUGAACCCAGAUGGAUACGAAAAGGCUCACGAAGGUGACGGCACUAGUGUAUUUGGUAGAAACAAUGCUGGAAAUGUGGACUUAAACAGGAAUUUUCCUGAUCAGUACGGUACCAAUUCGUUCAAUAGGUUUCUAGAGCCGGAAACUCAACUGAUGAUGCGAUGGAUUGCUUCAGAACCUUUUGUAUUAUCGGCCAAUCUUCACAACGGUGCUUUGGUAGCCAACUAUCCCUUUGACGAUAGCCCUCCUGGCACGCCCAUAAAUACUGAAAAUCCAUCUCCAGAUAAUAAGUUGUUUAAAUAUUUAGCCAGCACCUACUCCAAGGCCCACAGAACUAUGCACAACGGGGAACCUUGUCCAAUGUUUCCAGACGAAGUAUUCAAAGGGGGCAUUACCAAUGGUGCCAAGUGGUACCAGGUAACUGGAGGCAUGCAAGACUGGAAUUAUUUGGUAGCCGGCUGUAUGGAAUUAACGUUAGAAAUUGGAUGCUACAAAUACCCAUUUGCCAAAGAUUUACCGAAGUAUUGGUUGGAUAAUAGGGAAGCUUUAUUGGCCUAUAUGGAACAGGUCCAUAUAGGUGUACACGGUUUCGUAAGCAGUACAAUCGGCAAAAGAAUCCCCCACGUAGAAGUAAUAGUCGAAGGAAUCAAGCACACCGUGAAAACAGCCAAAGAUGGCGACUAUUGGAGACUAUUAUUGCCUGGCAAAUACAAUAUCACUUUCGCAGCCAGAGGUUACGAAUCCUACACCACUCAAAUAAUUGUACCAGAAUCAGGAAGUGUAGAACUAAGUCCAACAUUAAUGAAAGACGACCCACAGCAUUGGGCUAGCGCCUACGAUUUUGGCGAAAUCAGUAACGUUUUCCAUCCAAAAUACCAUUCAGGGUCAGAGUUGAAUUUCAUUUUAUCUUCUUUUGAAAAUAACUUUCCCGAUUCUGCUGAAUUUCAUGGAGGCGAUGAUAUGAUUUCUAUGAUUCUUCAUUGGCUAAAAAUAACACAACAUGUUGAGCAAUCGGAUGAAACUAAAUUUCACAUUGGAGUGAUUGGUAAUCUAUUUGCUACCCAACCAAUUGGAAGAGAGAUUAGCAUUAAUUUGGCACGUCAUUUAUUGAAAGGUCUUUCAUUUAGUGAUCCUACUAUAGUAAGCAUACUGUCUAAUUCAGUAAUACAUAUUGUGCCUGCUAUUGAUAAAGCAUUUGAACAGAUUUGGGGCGAUUUUAAUAAAGAAUCUGAUGGUUUAUCAAAACCAGACAAAUAUUUGUGUAACAACAUUACAGCUGAUUUUAAACAAGUUGGGGAACAAGUUUUAGACUUAAACAAUCGGUUAACAAGCAACAAAGACACUGUUGCAACCACUAAUGCUUUCAAGCAUUUGCUUUUAGAAGAAAAGUUUGAUUUAGUAUUGAAUUUUGAAGGAGGAAAUAGUGGAGUCUUGUAUCCGUUUACUCAAGAUUCUGUUAAAAAAUACGAAAAACUAGCCAAUACUUAUUUGAAAAAUUUAAACAUACUCCAAAAUUGUCCUGAACGUACAACAGGCACUGAUGGUAUCGUAACUGACUUUUUAUAUAAGGAAUACUAUACUCCUAUGUUAACUUUGAAAGUGAGCUGUUGCGAAUAUCCGGCUGUUGAAAAUCUGCCUUAUAUUUGGAGAGAUAUUUUGGAUCCUGUGAUGAGUAUUUUGAAUGCUACAAGAACAGGUGUCCAAGGAACCGUGGUGAACGAACUCAAAACCCCCUUACUCAAUGCCAGCGUAAAAAUCGUCAAUAUGGAAGAAACUCACGAAGUAACCAAAAUCAAAGCCCACUAUAAAAUAAUGUUGCCGCCAGAUUCAUACAAAAUGGUGAUAUCUUGUCACGGUUACGAAAAUAAAUUUUUACCAUUUGAAGUCAAAGAACUAGCGCUAACUGAAGUCAAUGUUGUUUUGAGACAAAGUGCAAAUGAUGAAAUUUCUGAAAUGAAUAAUAAUAAGUUUACUGCUUCAACUGUUGAUAAAGUAUACACUAUUGAGUACGGUAGCAGUGAUAAAGUCUCAGUAACUGAUUUAUGGAUCCGGGAACCAUUCGAAGGACCAAUUAAAAGUGGAAUUAAAGGCUACAUCUUAGACACUCAAAACCACCCUGUCGACCAUGCCCAAAUAUAUAUCAGAGAACCAAACAUAACAAUCCAUACGGACAGCAAUGGACGUUAUGGAGUGCCUCUACCUCUAGGUACUUAUACAGUGAUUAUCGAUGCUAAUAGAUAUUUUAAAGUUGUAAAACUGGUACCUGUGAAUGAUGCAAACUCACCUAAAGUAGCUAUACUAACUAUGAAAAAGGAUAACACGUAUUGGGGUGUCCCACGAUUGGCGUUUGUGACUUUAUCAGGCCUAAUUCUACUUGGAUUUCUGGGCAUGGGAAUAUUCUGUUUUAUGAUAUGUAAAAACAGAAACAACUCUAGUGAAUAUGGAUUACUAUCGCAAGAAGAACUUUAUGGAGAUUUGAAAGACGAUCUUGAAGAUUCAAAAGAGAGGGAAAUAUUUUCAAGACCUAUCGGACUUCAACGUAUAGGAAAACCGAUUACAAGACCUUAUUACGAUGAAGAUGAUGAUGAUGAGAAUGAUUUUGCAGACAUAGAACGCACCUAUCUUUCGAGCUCAGAUGAAGAUGAUGAAAUUAAAUUAUUGACUUCCAUUAAAUAACUAAAUUAUUAGGACCAUUAUUAAUACCAUAUACAUAUUAAUAAUUUUUAUUAUUUAGGAAUCACAUUUUAAAUACUCAAAUUGACUGUGGACAAUCGGCCUAAAAGUUUCCACUAUUGCCAAUUAUUUAAAAAUUAACAGGGUAUAUAUGUAAAUAUUGCAAUCAUAAUUUGUGCCUAAAAGUAUAUUCUUCCUAUUAGUUUUGUGAUACUAGCCACAAAUGAAAAAUUUUGUGGUGAAUGCAAAUAACCUAUACAGGGUGUUCAAAUAGAAACUAUAUAUUCACCUUGUGUAAUAUAACUUAUAGGUUUUUUUUUCUCAAUGCUUAGAUCUAGGUGAAAAGUUUUUGAGAGCACCCUGUAUGCAGCUGACUUUUAUAUAAAUUUUGAAAGUGGUUUAAAAUUAGCUUCCUUUGCACAGUAAGAUUGAAAAAUUAUAAUGGACCAAGACAAUUUAUUUUUAUAUAUUUGAUGUACGUAAACUUAGCAAUAUUUAGUACAUAAGUUUUAACAAAUUGUGAUAGAAUUUAUUGCUUUCUAUUGUCCAAUAACCAAUAAAAGAUUUGAAGUUGAAUUUGGUGGUAGAUUUCUUCCUUUAAUUCAAUAAAACUUCAAGGUACAAAAUAUAUAAUCAUUAUUAUUCUACUAACUCCAAACAGUCGGUAAAAAAUGCUGCUUCCAAAAUAUGUUUAACAUUAUGGCACUGCCCAUAAGUAGAAUAUAAAGAACCAUUGCGGCCCACCAAAGGUACUUUUCCUUUUCAGUUGGCUCCACAUUUUUCAGCACCCAAAUGCCCACAAGAAAUCCGGCCAAGGCUCCUCCAAAAUGCGCUGCAUAACCGAUAGGGGUUUGGUUUCCUAAAAAGUACCGGUUAUGGAUCGAAGUUGCUACAUCUGCAGAGAUUAAUAGUAGUAUAACGAAGAAUUGUACUGCGGGGAAAGA